AUGUCGAAGCUCAAUAAACCAGAUGAUUUUCGCGAACCAUUGAUUACAAAAGACGACAAGCUUAGUUGGUUACGUAAUAUAUUUUCUUCUGAGAUGCCAACGUCAGUUUCAAGCGCAGAUACAUCGUUGAAGAAACUAACUGAUCCUGAAAUAGCCACAAACAGAAGAAUCGAGGAAUAUUGCGAUCGAGCAAUAGAGCUUGAUCCUGAAAACGCAGCUUACCAUAGCAAUCGAGGAGCUGCAUUAUGGAGAAUAGGAAAGAUUUGGGAAGCUGUGAAAGAGUAUGAGAAAGCCAUAAACUUGAAUCCAAAACUUGUACGAGCUCAUAACAAUUUAGCCUUGAUAUUUCUAAGAAUAGGUCAGGUUGAUCAUGCGAGGAAGCAUUCUGUGAAGAAAUUAUUAGAUGACUUUUUUUGGGUGAUUCUUAAAAAUGUAGAACCACACUUGGACAAAUGCGCAUAUGCAAGAAGACGCGAUGAAUGGAACGAUGUUUUCAAUGAAGUAAGUGCAGCUAUGGAGUCUGGAGCUAAUUUGUCUCCUGAGCAUUAUUGGAACUCCAACGGCUUCAUGAGGCUGAAAAUGUACUAG